AUGAGCGACGCUACGAGUAUGAGAAGACCUGUGGAGAUCACAGAGUUCACUGAGGUCAUCAGCGAUUUGCCGGACGAGCAAUUGGCUAAAAUCCGCAGCGAGCUAGAAAACAGUUUACGGCAUUUGGAUCGGUCCAACCUGCGUCUCAAAAAGUAUAUUGCGAAGAUCGAGGGCAAGCGAGAGGAUACCCCGGACGGCGUGGACCAGGAAGAGCUCGACAAGGUGGACGCGAACGACCUGCAGCUUUUCGAGGACUCGUACCGGGAAAAUGAGAUAGUACUCAAAAACCACUACGAGCGUCUGGAGGCCCUCGACCAGGAAGAGUCGUACCGCGCCAGCGGAUCGAAGCAGCCUUCGACGGCCGAGGCCCAGAAGAAGGCCAAGCAGAGAGCCGCGUCUUUCGACACUGACAACACCAACGGUGACGCAAACGCCGUGAACAGCGUUUAUUUGUAA